AUGGAUUGGUCAUUCGCGAAGCACAUUUGGUCGCCGUGUUGCAAAUUUAAACUUGGUAACCAAAAGGAAAUCGUCACCGUGCAUUCGGCGCCUAUAGCAGAUCUGUCGCCUGCGUUGGCUGAUGUUCUGAAUAAUAAGCCUGGAUAUAUCGACUGGCCGGAGGUGACCAAGGAAACUUUCACUCGGCUUUGCGAAUUUGCCUAUUUGAAUGACUAUACACCACCGGCAAGUCGAGAAAUCGAAUCUCGUCGAUCUGAAGCAGUACAUGAAUCUGAGGCUGAGGCUAAGAAUGAUGUACCUGCACCCGAACCUGAACCCGAACCUGAACUCGAACCUGAACUCAAAUCUAAAUCCGAACCUGAUCCUGAACCUGAAGAUGCACCCGAGAUUUGGCCAGAGCCUGAGACAUUAGAGAGCGAUCGAUGGGGGACGCCUAGCAUGAGCUUUAGCAGCUACAAGAAAAACAAGAAAAACAGGAAAAAGAAAGGUACUCUGGAUCCAAUGCAGGACAUAGUUCCGGAUCCGCCUAAACCUACAGCUACAUGGUGGCAGCAGAUUUCACCGCAUCAAAAGGAAAACGUGCGAGACGACUACACUAAUGGCGUUUGGCCCUCUGAACCAGAUAAUCACGAGCCAGUAUUACCUGUUACAGAACGGACCAUUCGAUACAGCGAACUUCGGAACAUGUUCUCACAGUUGACGUACACUCCAAAAAGACAGAUCCAUCAAUUCCAACCAAAACCGAAUGCAAAGCCAACAGAGGACUUCACACCCGUGUUUCUAGGACACGCCGAGCUCUAUAUUCUAGCUCAUGGAUAUGAUAUCAAGGAUCUUCGAGAACUAAUCCUUCUCAAACUCCAGCAAACGCUGCAAGACUUCAUCGUCUAUGAAACAAGCGUGGCGAGUAUUCUAGAUUUCGUUCGAUUUGCAUAUAAAAGAAAAUCAAAGACCGGAGAAAUGAAGGGAUUGAGACGUCUGGUGACCGUCUAUGUGGUGUCGAUUCUAGGUCAGAUUGGUGACCGAGAGGAAUUUCAGAGUUUGUUAGCUGAAGGAGGAGAUUUUGUAGUAGACUUUUGGCGCACUAUAUGGACUGGAUUUUGA